GGGGAGGGAGGGAAGGCAGGAAGAGAGGAGACAGAAGACAGAUGCCUUCACCUCGUUCCUUUUUCUAAGGGGAAGAAGGACAACUUAAAAUAAAACAUCUCGGAUUUCAUGUGGAGAAAACAUUUGAGGGAAUUUUCUCUAGGGGAAGACUUUUUUAUUUUCUUGUUUAUGUAUUUCCUUUCGAACUGCGCGUUAGGUCUGCUUGGACGAUGCAGGGAUCGUGAUGAUGAGUUCGUCCGGCUGCUGGGUGGCGAACGGGGCGAGUUUGGAGGAUUGCUACUCCAACCUCUUCUCUCUGGCUGAUCUGCCUGGGAUUAAAUGGCGCCGUUAUUCGUGGCAAGGUCCUGUGGGGACACCACUCGUCAUCCCGGUGGCUGAAGAUGAUGCUAUUCUUUGCAGUUUUAGCCGUUGCUUGAAGGCGAAUGUACUUUGUGUCUGGCGAAGGGAUAUGAGACCAGGCCACAGAGAGCUUUGGAUUUUCUGGUGGGGCGAAGUGCCAAAUUUUGCUGAUCUCAUUCAUCAUGAACUCAAAGUUGAAGAGAAUGGAUUGUGGGAACAGGGUCUAUCUUACGAAUGCCGAACUCUGCUUUUUAAGGCCAUUCACAACUUGCUGGAAAGGUGUUUGUUAAAUAGAAACUUUGUGCGGAUUGGAAAAUGGUUUGUAAAACCAUAUGAAAAGGAUGAGAAACCAGUGAACAAAAGUGAGCACUUGUCCUGUUCCUUCCUGUUUUUCUUGCAUGGGGAUAGUAAAGUCUGUACCAGUGUUGAAAUAAACCAGCACCAACCAGUAUACCGUCUGAGUGAAGAGCAUGUUACUGCUGCCCAAGGAUCCUCCAGCCCCAUCCAAGUGAUCCUCAGCCCCUUUGGAUUAAAUGGUACACUGACAGGUCAGUCAUUCAAGCUGUCUGAUCCUCCCACUCUUAAACUGAUAGAAGAAUGGAAGCAAUUCUAUCCAAUCAAGACAGGUUCAAAGGAAGCUACGGAUGACAAACAGAAGGAGCUAGAUUGGGAUGAUGACUCAAUAGCAGCUGUAGAAGUCAUUGUCGCUGGUGUGCGGAUGGUGUAUCCAGCUUGCUUUGUCCUGGUGCCUCAGCCUGAUGUUGCGCCAACUGUUCUGAGCAACUCCACUGGAUCUUCGCAUUGCACAGCUGCAUUUCCAAGUGCCCACCAAGUGCCUGCCCCAAUGAGGGAUCCUGGUAUUUCCUCUGUGACUUUGACUCCACCCACAUCACCUGAAGAGACUGAAACAGCUGAAAUUCAAUCCACCCAGAAAUGGACAAAACUUACUUCUGUACCAGAAGGAUUUAAUAUUGAGAAUUCUGGGCAUGGCGGGAAGAUCCCAAGAAAAUUAGCCAAUCAGGUGGUAGAAAAUGUGUGGCAGGAGUGUAAUCUCAACAGAACCCAGAAAAAGCGAAAGUUUUCCACUGUGAAUGGUUGCGAAGAAGAUACACCAGACAAAGAAACAUCCUGGGAUUUUGUUGAAGCCAUGCAGAGAGUGAAUUGCAACUGUUCAAGGCAUAAAAACAAAAGAGGCACUGGUAUGCAAGGACAGUCUCAACCUCCAGGUCCACAACUGACAACAGCACUCAAGCACAAAAUAAAUGACAAGCAAGAAAAAGGGGAUAAACAACAGAAGCGACCACUAACUCCAUUCCAUCACCGUAAUUCAACAUGUGAUGAUGUUUCAAUGGAACAGGACUCAGUGAAUCACAGACUUGGACUCAGGCCGCAAGACAGUAGAGGGAGGUAUCCAAAUGCAAGGCCUAGUGACCUUAGCUCAACAAAAUCCUCUCAGUUACACAUGCCAGAGAUGGCAAAUUCACCACCACCACCACCACUCAGUCCUCAUCCGUGUGAGAGGGGUGAGGAUGUUGGAGAUGCAUUUAAAAACCCAUUGACGCCUCACAGUCAAUCAUUCUGCCAGAUGCCUGCACCAGAUCCACUACUUCCAACCAAAGCUGUUGAUGAUCGGAUGGAGACACUUCCCACGCAGUCUUUCCCAUUGGGUUUUUCCGAAGUGAUGGAGCCUACAACCUACAGCAACAGUGCGAUCCAUUUGGAAGAUGAAGGCUCUGCUGUCACGUGGAAGUGUUAUCGACUGCCCAGUCAUGCGGAAAAUGAUUUUGGUCCACCACAGCUGCCAUUGGAUAAAUACAGGGAGGAGUACGUUGCAGCAAAUAACUCAGAACAUGCACCUUCAUCUGCCUCUGAGUUGGUGGUGCGCUCAAAUAAGCCAUUAAAGAUUUCUGAUGAACGGGUUCAAGCGUACAUUCAGAAAAUAAACAAAUGUUACAAAAGCUGUCACCUGGAGGCUGAUUCCAAGUCUGAAGUUGAUCCAUAUGCAUUUGAUGAUGGAGAUGAGGAGUUCAGCUUUCCUGAUAAGAAAGACAAGCAAACCACUGAGAGUGAUCCUGGAAGGAAACAUGCACAGAAGGGAGAUGAAAGUGGUGGCACGUCUCACUCAACAUUACCAGAAGAAGGAGAGGAUGCUAUGUCAUUAUUCAAUUCCGGAACAAAGUCAGAUGGACAGAAGUCACCCUCGCACAGUCGGACUGCAUCCACCAGUCUCAUGAAUGAGCUUGAUCUGGUUGUUUCAUACAAAGACCUUGACAAUCUAUUUGAUGACGAGGAUGAACUUGUGCAGGCUAUUUCUCGAUCUGCACACGUUGGAUUGGAUGAAAAAAUGGGCAACAGGGAUUCAAAAACUGGGCCUUUUGAUGUUUUCCCCUGUAUAAAUUCUGCAGAUCUCCAGCAAAUGUUUCCCACACCUCCAUCCUUGGAGCAACAUGGUCCAGGCUACUCUCCAAUGAAUAUUAACUGCAAAGAGUUUGGAGGCUUAGACAACAACCCAGGAAUGACACUGGAUGGCCAUCAUUUUACUACAAGCCUGAAUCAUUUCAAGGUUGAAGUAGAGGAGGGGAUGGGUAGCCCUAAACCCUCUGAGAUCAAGGACUUUUCUUACGUCUAUUGCCCUGAGAAGUGCCAAGGUUAUGUGGGCUGCACUAUGUUUGCACCAUUGAAAAUCUUACCAAGCCAGUGCAUGCCUUCUGUCAAAUUGCUGGAGGAGUGUAUUUAUCGUCCUUCGUGGACUGUUGGCAAGCUAGACCUGCUUCCUCCUGUACCUCCCAUGCCAUAUAUCCGGGACAUUAACAUUCCCAGUGUUGGCAGUGGUAUGGAUCAAGACUACAUUCAGACUUGCACACCGCAAAUGCAUACUCCAUUUGGAGUGACGAAUAGUGCUCCGCCCAGUAAUAGUGGCGCUGGUGUCCUUCCAUCACCUGCCACUCCACGCAUUUCUGCACCAACUCCGAGAACACCAAGGACUCCGCGCACUCCUCGUGGUUGUGGGGGUCCAGCCAGUGUCCAAGGCUCGGUGAAAUAUGAGAAUUCCGAUUUGUACUCGCCCGCCUCAACACCUUCAACUUGUCGCCCAUUAAAUUCCGUAGAACCUGCAACAGUGCAAUCCAUCCCGGAGGCACACAGCCUUUACGUGAACUUAAUUUUAUCUGAUUCCAUUAUGGAUCUCUUUAAAGACUGUAGUUUCGACAGCUGCUGCAUCUGUGUCUGCAACAUGAACAUCAAAGGAGCCGAUGUUGGCUUAUACAUCCCAGACCCUACCAAAGAAUCUCAGAACCCCUGCACAUGUGGAUUUAGUGCUGUCAUGAACCGAAGGUUUGGAAACAACUCUGGACUCUUUUUGGAGGAUGAAGUGGAUAUCAUUGGACGAAAUACAGAUUGCAGUAAUGAGGCUGAAAAACGAUUAGAGGACCUCAGGAAUGUUUCUCUUGAACAAGGAGAAGGAGGCCCCAAGGAGCCUUUGAAAGUGCCUGAUGAGUUAAUAUUGCUACUUCAGGACCAGUGCACUAAUCCCUUCUCUCCGUUGAGAUCUGCGGAUCCUUCAAUGGCGGCAAAAUUGCGGACAGUGGGACCGCCAGUACGUGUGGAGGAUAAAGAUUACGAUAGGGAAUGCUACAUGGCGUUGGAACAGGGAUAUCAGUUCAUGGAAAAUAUGUCAGGAGGGAAGCUCGAUGAAGCACUCUUGAAAAGCUCUUGUUUACAUACAUGGUCAAGAAGAAAUGCUGUUGACGUCAGCAUGCUGUGUUCACAAGAUCUUCUGCGCCUGCUUCUCUCACUACAACCUGUGCUGCAGGAUGCCAUUCAAAAGAAACGAGCAGUCAGGUCAUGGGAGAGCAUACAGCAUGUCCAAGGGCCUCUAACCUGGCAACAGUUCCACAAAUUGGCUGGGCGGGGUUCUUAUGGUACAGACGAGUCUCCAGAGCCAUUACCCAUCCCAACAUUUAUGUUGGGCUAUGAAUGUGAUUUUCUGGUGUUAUCUCCAUUUGCAUUGCCAUAUUGGGAAAAAUUACUCCUUGAACCAUACGGAUCACAGAGGGAUAUUGGGUAUGUGGUGGUAUGUCCAGAAAAUGAAGCGCUUUUAAAUGGAGCAAGGAGUUUUUUUCGUGACCUCAGUGCAGUCUAUGAGUCCUGCAGACUUGGGCAGCACAGGCCCAUUUCAAAAUUGCAUCCUGAUGGCAUCAUGAAAGUGGGGACCAAAGCAGCCUUGAAAAUUGCAGAGCAGCCCAUAAAUGAUUGGUUCUCUCAGCACUGUGUGAACGCUAGCAGUGAAGCAUUUUCCAAACUGAAGCUUUACGCUCAAAUGUGCAGACAUGAUCUAGGCCCAUAUCUUGCUGGUCAAACACUGGACAGUUCUUUGUUGUCACAACCCAACCCUGUUUCCCCACCCACUCGGUCCACUACUUCUUUGACUCCAUUACAGAAUUCUACUGGGGCUCCAUCUGCUGCAGCCUCCAACUCCACUCCUGUACCUGCCAGUACUUUAACAAACACUGCUGUAGCCUCCACAGUCGCUACUGCCACUUCGAGUGUGCCCUUGGCCAGCGCAUCAUCAGCUGUGAAACAGUCUUCCUCCUUUUCAUCAUUUGUACAUUUGAACAACUCGUCCAGCGCUGUGACAACACAGGGAUCAAACUCCCAGAGUGGACAACUAUCCCAGCAGAUUACUGGAAUGUCUACUGACUCAGCAACAGUUGGAGCAGGGCAGCAGCAUCAGGAUCCUCCAGAGAGCACCAUGGAAAGAGAUAAAAUCGGGGUCCCAACUGAUGGGGAAUCACAUGCUAUCACGUACCCACCAUCUAUUGUUGUAUACAUUGUGGAUCCUUUUACGUAUAAUACGGAAGAUGACAGUUCAUCGUCUUCAAAUGUUUGGGCACUCGGGCUAUUACGUUGCUACUUGGAAAUGAUUAAUAUCUUACCCCAGAACAUCAAAAAUGCAAUAUCUGUACAGAUUGUUCCAUGUCAGUAUCUUUUGCAACCUGUGAAAAAUGAUGAUCGACACCUCUAUUCCCAGCACCUUAAAUCAUUGGCAUUUUCUGUGUUCACGCAAUGUCGGAGAUCCUUGCCACCUUCCACCUAUGUCAAAGCACUGACUGGUUUUGGCCCAGGACUGGCCUUAGACAGCACCUUAAAGAGUCCAGAUAGGCCGGAGUAUUUACGUAUUUAUAAUCCACCAUUUAUUUUGGCUCCUGUGAAGGAUAAGCAGACUGAGCUGGGGGAGACAUUUGGAGAAGCAAGCCAGAAGUACAAUGUUCUUUUUGUUGGUUAUUGCUUGUCACAUGACCAGCGAUGGCUGCUUGGAACGUGUACAGAUCUCUACGGAGAACUGUUGGAAACCUGCGUCAUUAAUAUCGAUGUACCAAACAGGGCUCGCAGGCGGAAAGGCUCGCCCAGGAGAAUGGGUUUGCAAAAGCUCUGGGACUGGUGUUUGGGUAUUAUGCAAAUGACAUCACUGCCUUGGAGGGUUGUCAUUGGACGCCUUGGGAGAAUAGGACAUGGAGAGUUGAAAGACUGGAGUUGCUUACUCGGUCGUCGCACUUUGCAGUCCCUCAGCCGGCAUCUAAAGGAGACAUGCAGGAUGUGUGGUAUUUCUGCAGCUGAUUCUCCAAGCAUACUUAGUGCUUGCUUGGUUGCAAUGGAACCACAGGGAUCAUUUGUGAUCAUGCCUGACUCUGUGUCCGUGGGAUCAGUGUUUGGCCGUGGUACAUCUCUCAACAUGCAGACUUCACAGCUGAGCACACCACAGGAUACAUCAUGCACACACAUUCUGGUGUUUCCAACCUCGGCAAUGGUGCAGGUGCAAACUGGGAACUACGAAAUAAAUGUUGAGGAAUUCGGGAUCUUUGAAUUACUGGAAGCAGAAGAUGAUCUAAUAAUUAACUUGCCAGCAUCUCCACCCACACCACCGGCACAUUCACCAGGUUCGCAUUAUCCACACGGCGGCGAUACAAGCAAGGGACAGUGCACGGAUCGUCAAGAAUCUCAUGACGAGGUAACCAUUUUGCAGCAGCCCCUGGCACUAGGAUAUUUUGUCUCGACAGCUAAGGCUGGGCCACUUCCCGAUUGGUUUUGGUCAGCCUGUCCUCAAGCACAGAACCAAUGUCCACUUUUUCUCAAGGCCUCCUUGCACCUCCAUGUGCCUUCAGUGCAUUCAGAUGAAUUGCUCCAUAGUAAGCACUCCCACCCACUUGAUUCAAACCAAACCUCUGAUGUGCUCAGGUUUGUUCUCGAACAGUACAACGCUCUUUCUUGGCUGACCUGUGACCCUGCCACUCAGGACCGCCGCUCCUGCCUCCCUGUUCAUUUUGUGGUGCUGACGCAGCUGUACAACUUCAUCACAAGCAUGUUGUAGACCAGGCAAAAGAGCUGCCGGGGAUUCAAAGCUAACUCUUGGAAAAGGGAUGUCGUUUGAGAGCGUCAUUGAGAGCAGGAUUCUGUGGGAAGGGAAACGGACAUUACUCAAGGAAAACAUGGAGGGAUUCAUGAAAUUGUGUCUGAGGGACCCCAGGGUGUCCCCCUUAAUUGCUUGAUGGGUUUUAAAGCCACAGGCAGUUAUCCAAAAAUGCCUGCAUCUUAAUUUAUUGUAAGUUUUUAAAUGUUGUAUAAAUUGUCUUAUAUUUUGUAUUUUUUUUAAUUUUUCAGGAAGGUUUAUAUUACCUUCAGGCUUUAAAGCAUUUGUUGUACUAAAAUAUCUAUAAUCGUCUUAAGAGUUUGCAGUAGGUUGCUAUAAAGUCAGGAGCGAGAGCAGCAAAUAUCUAUUGGCUCAAUGUACAUUUUAGUAGGGGCAGGAGUUAGUGUUGACCACACCUUGUCUGUGGUGAAAACGCAGCAAAGCUGUGGAUGCAGAGUACUUGUACAGUAAAUAAAGUAUGUUCACUGUGUUUAUAACUAAAAA